AUGGCGAUAUCGUGGACAACGUUUGCUCUUGAAGAAGACACAGCGGUGUGGAUUGGCACAAGUGAGAGCAAGCUAACUCGGGUAAAGGAUGCUACUAUUGAUACAAAGUCAUACUACAAGGACGACCACUACGAGCUGUACAGCUACCACGCGGUUGUGGAAGGUCUGAAGCCCAAUAAAACGUAUUUCUACAAGGUCGGUAGCGCCUCUGAAGCCAAAUUUCGAAGUGCUAUAAGCAAAUUCGCCACAGCUCGCAAAAGCGGCGACCAAAGUCCAUUCACGAUCGCAGUGUACGGAGAUAUGGGAGCCGAUGCGAACGCCGUUGAGACCAACAAGUACGUCAACUCGCUGGUGGACAAGGUGGACUUCGUCUAUCAUCUCGGUGACGUGUCCUAUGCAGACGACGCGUUUCUGUCAGCUAAAUCCGCUUUCGGUUUCUUUUACGAGCAAGUGUACAACAAGUUUAUAAAUUCCAUGACCAACAUCAUGAGGCGGAUGGCGUACAUGGUACUGGUGGGAAACCAUGAGGCGGAAUGCCAUUCCCCAGCUUGUCUUCUCUCCGACAAAAAACUGAAUCAACUCGGCAAUUACUCGGCUUUCAACGCGCGCUUCAGGAUGCCAGCGCCUGAAAGCGGGGGAGUGCUGAACAUGUGGUAUUCCUACGAGUACGCGUCCGUACACUUCACGACGAUCUCGUCCGAGACCGAUUAUCCGAAUGCACCGAGUAACGCCUACCAUACGCACCGAGUGUACGGCCCCUUCGGCGAUCAGUUAGCGUGGCUCGAAGCUGAUCUCAAGGCUGCGGACGCUAACCGCGACCAGGUCCCGUGGAUUGUUGUCGGAAUGCAUCGACCGAUGUACACGAUCCGUUCAUGCGACGCAGACGACAAGCCUAACAACGACUUUGAGUCGCUUAACGUGCAAGAGGCUUUCGAGAAACUGUUCAUCAAGUACAAGGUGGAUCUGGUUCUACAAGGUCACGUCCAUGCGUACGAACGUCAAUACCCGACGGCGAACGGCACCGCCAUGCUGGACGGUUACAAACAUCCGAAGUCACCGAAGUGGCAUGUCUUGAUGGACAACAAGCACUACGCCAUCACCAUGAUGGCGGUUACUCCGACGAAUAUCACAUUGCCAACGGUAGAGAGUGCCACUGGUGCCGUGUGCGAUAAGUUUUCUAUCAUUAAAGAGCAAGGGGAUGUAUCUCAAAAGAAAUGA